AUGCCUCAACAACCCGUUUCCGCCAAGUCUAUGAGCUUCUUUAGGAACAUGCCGGAGAGUGUGAUAAAGGACGACAUCGGUGAUGUUCAGCCUUUCUUAGAUAUCAAGCAUGUGCCGGACGAGGUUAUGGAAUACGCAAGGGUCCGCCUGGGGGAGACUCCAGACAAGCGGACUGAAUUGCUAGAAGAUCUCCGAGAAAUGAUAUACCAAAGAGGAGAUGUCGAACCAAUCCGAAUGGAUGACGAGUACCUGCUCCGAUUUCUAAGGGCACGAAAUUUCAAGAUGGAAGCCACCUACCGAUUGCUGCAGAACUACCAGACCUUCAGGGAAGAAAACCCUUGCUGGUGGGAUUUAUGCCCUCUCGACUUCUAUCCUAUCGCAGACGCUGACAUCGUGAGUGUCCUCCCAUACAGGGAACAGAACGGGAGGAGGAUCAUUAUUAUAAAAAUAGGUAAAUGGGACCCAAGUACCACGUCUGUGGACGACCUCUUCAAAACCGUCAUAGCUACCCUGGAAGUUGGAAUUCUGGAACCAAGAGCGCAGAUCCUCGGUGGUAUAGCUAUCUUCGACAUGGAAGGCCUCACGAUGAAACACGCUUACCACAUGACUCCGAGUGUUGUUCAUAAAGUUAUCCAGGUCACAGUGACAAGCCUUCCAUAUAAAAUAGCAGCAAUCCAUAUCGUGAAUGAGUCCUGGAUAUUUGAAAAAAUAUUCACCAUGUUUAAGCCAUUUCUUACAAAAAGAUAUUCUGACAUAUUGUUCUUCCAUGGCAGUGAUAGAAAGUCUCUGCAUCAACACAUAGAGCCUAAGUAUUUACCUGAGGUCUAUGGAGGAAUUCGGCCGCAAUAUGGAUGUGCCGAUUGGUUCAGAUCCUUAACAAGUGAUAAAAAUAUAGUUCAAGAAAUGACAUCAAUUGGAUACAAGACUUUAGAAGAGGAAGAUGAAGAAUAA